GCUGACCGCCCCUGCUGGCUCGCCAAGGGAAGGCGGCGCCGAGGGUCGGCCCACGCGCGGGGCUGAGUAGGGAGAAGCCGGGGGCCUCCUGGGAGCCGGCUGGGCGCUGCUCGUGGUGACGGGAGCCCCGCGCGGGGAGACAGGGUGGCGCUGGGGCUGGAGCCACCCGCUGUCGUGGCGACCCGGGGGCGGGCGUGAGCGGCGGAGCCCGGGCGGUGGCCGAGGAGCAGGAUGCCGAGGGCCGGUGGGAGGACCCUGGGGCGCCGUGGGGCGGCGAUCGAGUCCAACUGCUCUGGCCCCGCUCCCAGUCUGGGAACGAUGCUCGCCAUCUCCUGGCUUGCUGUGGUCUUGCUAUUUCGCCACACGCUAUUUGGGAAAACAGUAUCUUGUGGCCUGGCUUGUCCAUUGCUAACCACGGCUGGAGACGGGGACCUCCUGGGGCCCUGGGAGGCGGCGGACGUGCUGGCGAGCUGACGGGUUAGCGGGCUGCGCGAAUACAGGAGGCAGGGCCGCGUCCGCAUCCCCAGCUGGAAGCUCCAGUGCCACUAGGCAAGUGACAGACGACCCUGCACGUCCUUGGACAAUAGAGGCCGGAUACUGCGACGCCUGGACCUCAGAGAAGGACUCGACCAGCCAGGCCUCCUCCUUCGCCCGCCCCGGGCCACGUUUUAGAAAGAGCGUUUUCGCUAUAUAAAGCACAUUCGAUAAAGGAUAUGGAAAAUACCUUGCAGCUGGUGAGAAAUAUUAUACCUCCUCUGUCUUCCACAAAGCACAAAGGGCAAGAUGGACGAAUAGGCGUAGUUGGCGGCUGUCAGGAGUACACUGGAGCCCCAUAUUUUGCAGCAAUCUCAGCUCUCAAAGUGGGCGCGGAUUUGUCCCAUGUGUUCUGCGCCAGCGCGGCCGCGCCUGUGAUUAAGGCGUACAGCCCGGAGCUGAUCGUCCACCCCGUUCUCGACAGCCCCGGUGCUGUUCAUGAGGUGGAGAAGUGGCUUCCCCGGCUGCAUGCCCUUGUCGUGGGACCUGGCUUGGGUAGAGAUGAUGCACUUCUUGACAGUGUCAAGGGCAUUUUGGAAGCAUCAAAGGCCAGGGACAUCCCUGUGGUCAUCGACGCGGAUGGCCUGUGGCUGGUUGCUCAGCAGCCAGCGCUGAUCCAGGGCUACCGGAAGGCCGUGCUCACUCCCAACCACAUGGAGUUCAGCAGACUGUACGACGCUGUGUUCAGAGGCCCCGUGGACAGUGAUGACCGCCAUGGAUCUGUGCUGAGACUCAGCCAAGCCCUGGGCAACGUGACGGUGGUCCAGAAAGGAGAGCACGACAUCCUCUCUGAUGGCCAGCAGGUGCUUGUGUGUAGCCAGGAAGGCAGCAGCCGCAGGUGUGGAGGGCAAGGAGACCUCCUGUCGGGCUCCUUGGGCGUCCUAGUGCACUGGGCGCUCCUUACUGGACCUGAGAAAACAAAUGGGUCCAGCCCUCUCCUGGUGGCUGCGUUCGGCGCCUGCUCCCUCACCAGGCAGUGUAACCACCAAGCCUUCCAGAAGCACGGUCGCUCCACCACCACCUCCGACAUGAUUGCUGAGGUGGGGACCGCCUUCAGCAAGCUCUUUGAAACCUGAGCCCACGCAGACCAGAAGGAAACAGGCACCUCAGCUGGGGAGAGUGACAGCAAAAUCGGACUCGGUGUGCUGAAGGCGCACGGCGCGUGCCAGGCGUUCCACUCCAGCAUAAAUUGGUUUAAGAAUUUGGAAUAUUGCAGUUUUUGGCUAAACUGGAUGCAUGGUCAGAGAUGUUAUGGUGACACUAACCAAAGCAUUCCUGAACUUUCCUUAGCUCCUUGGUAGUAACUGAGAAGACAGAAAUGAAGAAAGUGACGCAAAUGAGUUUCUCAGCCUGCUCCAAAAUCGGCGGUUUCUGCACGUUGUUCUGUCUGCCCACACGCGUCACGUUUCCCCUGCUGCCCUGUCCUAGUGUUUCCUCCAGCAGGGAGCGGGCACUGGUCCCUCCCGAGUCUCCCUGAGGGCUAGCUACCCUGAUGUGUUUCCUCUGACUGGGUCCAUGUCCAUCGGGGACUGCUUCGUUGUCCAGCUCAUCCUGGUUUGAAGUGGUGACUAGCGUGGUGCCGUCAGGCUGCUGGUAUGUGGUUGGCUUAUUGACAUACUCCAGGGUAAUCAGUGAUCACUUUGUUUGGAAAUCGUUUUGGAGGCACCAUAGGAACUAGAAGGAAACAUGAGUGACGGUGACCCUUGAGUAGGUGGGCAGGGAGCUCCUCAGAGGUCCCAUGAUGCCCACCAGCCACAGCAGGGCAGACCUGACCAGGGGUGGGCACAGUGGAGGGCUGCAGGCUGGGGUCUGCCGUAGCCCCCAGUGCUGUCUCAGGAGAAGCUUCUGAGGACUUGGGGCCUGCCAGGCCUGGUGCAGCGAUGACGCUAAGGGGGCCUGGGGAAGAGUGUCCUGUGCUUGGGAGUCAGCACAGUCGUGUGUCCUCAGGGAUGUUCACAUCCGGCAAAGAUGCUGGUAACCGCAGCUUCAGCGAACGCUUCCUGUUGACCUUGGGUGAGCUGCUGCUGUCUGUGUGGUGUUCCUGGAGUGGCCUGACGUUUACUUACUCUCUAGUUCCAUGUCUCAGUGGGGCUUGGUAUGGUUUCGUGUCUGAUGUGCGCAUUAGAGAAUUCUUUAUGCUUUUAUUAACACACCUUUCCACAGCAAGGGCCAAACCUCUUGGUUCCCUUCAGUCUUUUCGGCCUGAUGAUGCCUCCUGGGUGACGCCCUGUGGUGCAGACACGCCCCAGAUGGAUUCUAUUCUACUUUCUUAAAAAAAAAAAAAGAUUGUUACUAUUAAUUUCACACCUAACUUCAGAAGUUCUCUGCCUACAUGUGAACCUUUGCAGGAAGAGUGCCAUGGACAUUUUUCCUUUGGGGAAUUACAUCUAAAUUCUGGCAGCUGUUAAAAGACAGACCUGGUUAAUUUAAAUCUAGUGUGGUGGUUUUUUUCCUUAAAACAGCUAAAGAUCACCUUUCAGCUUUCUUAGGUGAGGAUAUUGUGAGACACCAGGGAUUAAAAUACAUCAGCCUGUGUGUGACAGUCCCUCACCACGGGCGCCUGCCUCCCACGAUGGCUGCAGUAAAGAACCGUGAGGGAGAAGCCCGAGGCGGCCCCCUCUUUCCUUGGGAAAUACAAUUCAGCAGUCGUAGGAACUCUCUCAUGGUUGUGGUUACUAAGUUUUUGUUCUAAGUAAAACACCCCUUGGCUUGAAGGAGCGAAUGGGUUUGUUUUUAUGAUCAGCUCCUUGCCUCCCUGUUCUUUCUCAAGCCCUUCUCUUACACGUUUGCUCCAGACACUCCCUUUCCUGGACCAGGACAGCAGUGGGAAGUGUGUGGGGCUGGUGAGGCAGUGGCCUGGCAGGGCAGUCUGCCCCAGGACUGAGCGGCCCUGUCGAGAUGCCUCAUUGUGAGGAGGUCUCUGGGGCCUUUUUGUAUGUGGGUAGCUUUCCUAGGGUGACUUUCUAGGUGGGUGACUUCUGAACUGGCAUUCUUAUCUGCAGACAGGAGCCAUGCCUCAGGCCCCUGGUUCAGUGAUGAGCAGGGCUGGAUCCCCAGUCACAGAUCCUGCUGCUGCCUGCGCCCAUGGGAUUCAGAGAUGCCCGUGCAGCAGUAAGGGAGAGGCCUGGCCCAGGCUCUGCGAGCAGGAAGAGUGGAGCGGGUCACCCUGCUGGGUCACCAACAGCUGUGGCGCUGGGCUGACUACAGAAAAGUGAGAUCAGGAGCAAGGUGGGUGCUUUGGAAGGCCCCGCUCCCGCAGCCCUGGCAGCCCGCGUGCACUGGCUGCCGCUUUCCGCUUGGGAAUCCUCUCGUCACGCCUCGCCAGCUGGCUUUCAGCUGACUGCCCUGAGGCCUCUGAACUCACCUCUCCAAGGCCCAGCCGCGACCCCAUCACUGCUCUGCUUAGACCAGGGACGCCAAGAUGCCCAGCAGCUGUCAGGAUGUUAAAUGCAGCGGGACUACGGACAGUUCUCUGCUGCAUAUUUUCUAUUAUAACCAGAGUUAAUAUUGUGUUCUUGCUGGGGAGGGAGCGUCCCAGGGUUCACAUUGCCUGGAGUCCCCCAUGCUUCAGACUCUGCUGCUGCGUGGCCCAUCCGCCUCACCCAUCCCAGCCCCUCCCUCAGAAGGAAAUGCUGCAUCCUGCCACCUCCCUGGGUCCCUGCUCUUCUAUUCCUGUGUUGUCUGCUCCCUGGGCAUGGCCCAGUGCGUCUCACCCAUGGGCACACGUGCUGCCUGGCGCUACUCAAUGUCUGACGCGACUUCACUGCAUCGACGGUGACUCUAGUCACGACACCAGAGCGCAGUGAAUGUUUAGGCGCAGUUACUAACCAAUGCCAGUGGGACACUGUGGGUUGCCUUACUUUAAUGCUGACCUAGCAGCCUCGACAGGGAGCUUUAACGUAAAGCUUUAUCUGCAAGGAAGCACAGGUGCGCCGUGUGUCACGAGCAGGCUCAUGGCUGUGCUCCAUCCUCAGUCCCCAAAGGAUUUUUGGUCCUUUGUCCUUUGAUCCAGCAGUUCCCAUGUGGAUGUUGUAUGGCUUCUGUCCUGUAGAAGAGAGGCCCAACUCUCAGCAGACGCCAUGUCAUGUGGCACAGGGGGCUGACAGGCGUGAUCAGGUUCAGGGUGCCUGUUCCCUCACUGACCUGCCCUAAAAAGCCUGCAGGGCGCUUAGAAAGGGCCCCACUGCCUCCAGCAGAAGGCCAGGAGCUGUGCAGCACCUGCGGGGGGUGGGGGGGCUGAGCAGGACCCACGGCCCCAUGCUAGGCGUCCCCUCCAGCUGACUUGGCCCCCACCCCGCAGCCCUCCCAUCUCAUUUUUCAUUGGGUGGGUUUCUCUACUCAGAAAGAAGCGUGGUUAUGGGGGAUGUCUGGGCCUCUGGCGGUCCCAUGUCUGUGUGACACCUACUGACCUACCCAGCCACUGGGGUGAUGUCCCUGGCCUGGGUGUAGCGCUCACCUUGAUGUUGAUGCCGUGGGCAGUCAGGCCCCGACGCACAGUGUCACAUGCCUCCAGCAGGGGCCGCCUCUCCAGGCGCUGCUGCUGCUGGGCCUCCCCAGUAGCCUCAGGCGUGGCCAGAGCAAACUGCCGCACCUGCUGCCGGAACCGCACCAGCUCGUCCACCACGGCCCGAAGGGUGGCCUCGCUGCCAUCUCCUGAAACACACUGGACCCGCAGGGCACGGUCACACCCCCUGGAGACCAUGGCACCCAGGUGGCUGGGCUCUGGGCCGAGACACACCCAGCCCUGGCCUUCCCAGAUUCCCUAAAACUGGGCCUCUUUCUGGGACUGGCAGGGAUGGGUGCGGCCCCUAAGUGCUGGGCUCAGGGCAAGUCUCCACUCUCAACUCUGAGCAUCUGUCAUCCAGGCAAGACUGGGGCUCCCCUGGAGGUCAGAAGGACUGGGCAGUGCACGCCACCCCACCCUGCACACAAGCGCUCCCUGGGUUCCAGACCCCACACAAGUGUGGCCGAGGCAUCCGGAGCACCUGAGGCGGCUGGGGGUCAGCGACAGCACAAGCGUCUCAGCAAACGGUCUGAGAUUCCCAGCCUCAGGUGCUGAGGGCAGGAUUUGGGCAGAAGGCCUCUGCACUGUCCUCCCGCUGAGAACAGCGCCUGGGGCAGUGUGGAAGGGCGCUGUUGUACCGGUUUAUUAUAUUCAUGCGUGUAAAAUAAACAGACCCACAACCUUUUA